GACAGACGUAGAGGUCAAUUAUUAUGGUUGUCAUUUCACUCCCAAAAUCAAAAUAUGAAUAGGAUGCGUUUGUUUUGAUGUUUACGUUUAUUUAAAUUAAUUAUAAAUUCAAAAUAAUUACUUUGCAAUAAAUAAGACUACCAAGAAAUUUUAGUUUCUAGCGUAUUGUUUAAGACUGGCUAAAAGUGCAAAUUAGUUCUCGUUAGUGCUUGGUAUGUUUGGCAGGUGUAAAUGUUAAAAGUGUAAUUUAUGAAAUUAUUUACAAAUUGCAAGAUACACGAAAAUACUUUAUAUUUGAUCAUCAGCUAUUACUAAAAGGAUACGUUUACAUUGUAUUAACAGGCAAUACUUCAAUUGCAAUAUUAUAACACCGGAGUAUUCAGCUGACAUGGUGACGUAUCUCUUUUAAAAUUGCGAGAUGUACAGAAAUAGAACGAACGUCAUUUUCCCUUGAAGAUUUUUUCGAUAUUCACAAGUUAAUUAUGGUAUCUUGGUUUUUAAAGCAAGGAAAAAGAAAUGAAGUUAACAAGUAGUGCUGUAUGAAGGGAAAUAUCUCUUUUGUUAUGGAAGAAGAAAAUAAUGAACUAGAUCCCCGAAUUCAAAUUGAGCUAGAAAAACUCAACACGGAAACAGAUGAGAUUAAUAAACUUGAACUUGAGUUAGAUGAAGCUAAUACAGCUUUUCGUAUGAUACUGAAUGACUCUUCUAAAAAGCUUAAAGCACUUUCAAAAAAAAUUGGAGUGUCAAUAAAUCGUUCGAGGCCAUAUUUUGAUGCUCUUGAUGUUGCAAAGAAGGCCCAACAAGAAUGCCAGAAGGCAGCCAUAGCAUUCCAAAGAGCAAAUGAAAUUCAUGCUGCUGCUAAAGAAACUGUUGCUUUAGCAGAACAGAGAUUUAUGAGCAAUCGCCAUGAGUGGCAGUUUGAUAAUGCAUGGCAAGAAAUGCUCAACCAUGCUACAAUUAAGGUUAUGGAGGCUGAACACCAAAAAGCGGAAAGUGGAAAAGAACACCAGAAACGAGCCACUUUGUUUGAAGCAGCCAAACAGAAGGUACAUGAACUAGAUGAUCGUCUUCAUAGGCAUAUACUCAAAUCGAGGCCAUAUUUUGAGCAAAAAACCCUCUGUGAACAACAACUAAAUACCCAAAAAGAAGUAAUUGAAUCAUUACAACAUCGUAUAUUUAAUGCGAAGAAGUCGUAUGCAGAAGCAUUAAAAAAGCUUGAGCAAAUAUCCAACGAAAUACAUAUGAAACGUAAAGGGCUGAACGCUAAUGAAGAUUUGGAAAGUGAUAUUUUAAAUAAACCUCGAGAGCCUGGUGUAGGGGCAGAACUCGGCAAUUUGGAAGAACAGGGUUCUAAAUCAGCAUCCACUUGGUCUAAACAUCCUCCAUUACCCAAUAUCAGUUUUGAACUAGACAAAUGUGAAAUCAGAAGCAUGGCAUCUUUGGAGACUACAGGUUCUUCUUUUAGUGAAAAAGAUGAUGUAGAAGUUGAAGAUGUUGAUGAUCUUCGGCUUAAAGUUAAACAACUGGCUACAAGGCCUAUUGAUGGAGGAGAAGGCAAAAGUACUGAUGAGCAUUGGGAGUCUGAAUUGAAAAACACUGUUGACAAACUCGAUCAUAUGUUACUCAUGCAAGAAUGCGCUAAAGAAUUGGAUAGCUAUAAAUCAAAACGAAAAAGGGAAUUUGUCCAUAAUGAUUGAAUUUAAUUUAAUUGCGGUUCAAAUUUCUGUUUUAUUUUAUUGUUAGUGUCUGUUUAUAUUUUAUUUUUCUAUUUUGUGCAUUGGUAUUUAGCACUAAUUUUGUGGAUUUCUUUCAGUAUCCAAUUUCUUUUUUUUUUUAUUUAUUUCCAAGUACCUGUACUAUUUCUUAUACAUUUU